AUGUCUAAUUCUAAGUUUGGAAGGUUUUCAUAUGGGGGAGAUUCUUUCAUUAUGUGCUUGUCAUCAAGCAUUAAGUAUGAUGAUAUGUGUGCGAAGAUUUGUUUGAAGUUUCAGAAUCUGAAGGUUGGUCAGUAUGUCCUGAAAUAUUCGCUCAUUGAUCUUCCUAAUUGUCGUCUUGACUUUGAUGAAGAUAUUGCCGUAAUGAUGGAGAUUUUUGAAGUGUUGAACUCUCGGUUCAUAAAUAUCCAAAUCUUUGAUGUUGGAUCUAGCUCAGCUAUCUCUAUAAUGCCUUCAACAGUUGUAAUAUCUGCUACUGUUAAGCCUACUACUGUUAGCAUUGAAGCACCCUUUGAUGAUGGCGAUGUUAGCAAUGAUGAUUCUAAUUGUGAGGAUGACAGUAACAUGAUCCUAGGGAACUUUGUAAGUGACAAAAUGAAGAGGAAGUACAUGUCAAGCGAGUGGAAUGACUAUAUUUUCAGGAUAGGUCAGUUUUUUACUGGCGGUGCUAUUGAGUUUCGGGAUAAGUUGUGCAAAUAUGCUGUUGAGAACGGAUUUCAGUUUCGCUGUAUGAAAAAUGACAAGUCUCGCAUUAUUGCUGUGUGUGCCAAGAAGAAAAAAGAGAGUUGUCAAUGGUAUGUGCAUGCCUCGUUACGCCAAUCCAAUAACUUUUUCUACAUCACCAAAUUGAACAAUGAGCACACUUGUGUUUGUGUUGUUCGUCAUCAGAAACACAAGAGGCUGGGAUCCAAUAUUGUUUCCACUAUCAUUAGUGAUAAAGUUCGAGCUAAUCCAUUGGUGAAGACUAGGGAUAUUAUGGAUUACUUGAAGCAAGAUUAUGGCUUUGAAGUUGCUUACCAUACAGCGUAUAGGGGAAAAGACGCUGCCAAUCGAAGUUUACAUGGCGAUGAAGGCAUAGGCUAUGGCUAUUUACCUUGGUACCUAGAGGCAGUAAAGAGAACAAAUCCGGGUUCCCGUUGUGUUCUUGACACUCAAGAUGGUCGUUUCUGCCGCUUGUUUAUUGCUUAUGGGGCUUCCCUCCAUGGUUUUCAGUACCGUCCUCCAAUUUUGUUUGUUGAUGGAACCUUCAUCAAGAACAAGUACAAGGUUGUUGUGAGUGGACGUUCAUUUUAA